AGGAUUCGAUUGCAGCUUUUGCUUCGCUUACAGCUCAACCGACUCGACACACGUUACUGCAGGUGCGGGAGUGCUUCCGAUACAUCAGGUAGCGAGGCAGGAUCAUUGUCAACGUGUCUCGUGAUCAAGAGCACCAUGGAGCUGUUCACAUCUGUGGGUUGCUCACGACCAUCUCUCGACAGCUAUCUUCCUCAGUCAAUAGUAGUAUCGUCAGUUGUUUACCAGCAUGUCCACGGUCAUCGAGCUUGACGCUGUCAUUGUUGGAGCUGGCUUCGGUGGAGUCUACCAGCUGAAGCGGCUGAGAGACGAGGGGUUCAAUGUCAAGCUGAUUGAAAGCGGCUCCAAUUACGGUGGCGUUUGGUACUGGAAUCGUUAUCCGGGAGCAAGAGUGGACAGCACAGUUCCACAUUAUGAGUUCUCUGACCCCAACCUUUGGACUGACUGGACGUGGUCUCAACGUUUUCCCGGAUCGGCAGAGAUUCGUGAAUACUUUCAAUACGUCGCACAGAAAUGGGAUCUUGGGAAAGACACGGUAUUCAGCACCAAGGUAAUCGGGGCUGUCUGGAGUGACCAGGAGGCGAAAUGGACCAUCUUCACGAAUGCUGGCACGACCUACAAAUGCAGAUUCUUCUUACCCAAUACUGGCUUCGCCGCCAAACGUCAUGUCCCGGAUUUCAAGGGAAUCGAAAGUUUUCAAGGCACUUGGAUACAUCCUUCGUAUUGGCCAAAGGAGGAGCUUGAUUUGCAUGGUAAGAAGAUAGCAGUCAUCGGGACAGGAUCCACAGGAAUCCAGCUCACUCAGGAUCUGCUUCCAUUGGCGGACGAAUUUGUUCUCUUCCAGCGCACCCCGAACACCUGCUUGCCCAUGAAGCAAGAGCAUUAUAGCGGCAAAGAGCAAGGACCAGUUCCGCGCCAUUCGUACGCCGCAUUCUUCGCUGGCCGGACUCAAAGCUAUGGUGGCUUCGAUUUCAAUUUCCUCAAUAGAGGUACAUUCCAAGACUCCGAGGAAGAACGACUCAAAGUCUACCAGGACUUAUGGUACCAUGGAGAUUUCCAUUUCUGGCUGGCUACAUACCGAGAUAUGUUAUUUGAUGACGAGGCCAAUACGGAAGCAUACAACUUUUGGCGCGACAAAGUCCGAGUACGUCUACCAAGCGAGAGACUCAAAGAUAAGUUUGCUCCAAUGAUCAAACCUCAUGCUUUCGGAUGUAAGCGCAUUUCUCUCGAGAAUGGGUUUUACGAGCUCUUCGCAAAACCAAAUGUACACCUAGUCGACGUCAACGAGACUCCAGUUGUUGAAGUAACGCCGGGAGGCAUUAAAACAUCAGAAAAGGAGUGGGAAUUCGACAUCAUUGUUUGCGCAACAGGGUUUGAUGCAAUCACGGGAGGCAUUCUAGAAAUGAACGUCCAAGGCAAAGACGGCUUGAAAUUGCGAGAUAAGUGGGAACACGGUGUGAAAACUUUCAUGGGCAUCUCGGUGGGAGAGUUCCCGAAUAUGUUCUUCACAUACGGCCCUCAAGCACCAACUGCGCUCUGCAAUGGGCCUUCUUGUGCUGAGAUACAAGGAGAAUGGAUUGUUUCAGUGCUGAAAUACAUGAGAGAAAACAGUCUCAAGACCGUGAAUGCCACAUCAGCAAGUGAAGAUGCAUGGGCGGAAAACAUUUGGAAAAUUGCGAACAUGUCUUUGCUCCCGACGGCGAAGUCGUGGUAUAUGGGCGACAACAUACCGGGCAAGACCCGAGAACCGCUGAUAUAUCUUGGUGGGGUGCCAACUUAUCAUAAGACUCUCAGCGAUUGUGCUGCGAAGGGCUAUGAAGGCUUUGAGCUCAGCUAGGGCGGCUCGAAUAUUCCAUGGAAUGGGUGUAGAGCUAUUGUUUUCAAUUCCAUGUAAGAAGCUUACGGCAGAUCCAGCAUGCUCAUGCGAGAAAAGGGAGGGCUGGCAUAUCUUGAUUUGCUCAUGGUUUCGCUAUUCUCGAUACGCCUCCAAGAGUCCGAAGAUGAAACCACGGUCGCAGGACAGACGUGAUGAAAGAAGCCAUUAUACGAGCUGCAAUCAUACUCCUGCUUAUUUCCACAGCAUGGAAUGUGAC